AUGUCAACAUUUGAAGUAUGCAAAUUGGUAAAUAAUCUUAAAAGGAAAUUGGGUACAGAAUAUACAGAAAGAAAUAGUCAAUAUUACACUGAUUGGGAUUGUCUCGAUACAUAUUGGAAAUAUUGUGAAGAAAAUAAUUUAACUUAUAAUUUAUUUGGAUUUUUAAUUUAUGCCAUUGCAACAUCAUCAGUAAAUAUAAAGGAUCAUAAUUUUAAAUUUAAUUUAUACAAUAUUUAUAAAUGUGAUCAUGAUAGUAAACAACCAAUACAAAAGGUGAGAGUUUUCCAAAAAAAAAUGGUUAAAAAACUUGGUUAUGAAAAUUUGUUAUUGAAAUAUCAAAGUAGUGAAAUUGAUGAAAUUGAGAUAUCAAUUGGUGUAUUAAAAAAGAUUAAUGAUAAAAAUUACCCAUUAAUUGUGAAAGAAAUUGUUACAAUGAUCCAAGAAAAUAUGGCAGAAAUCCCAUCAGACCUAUUGGAAUAUGUAAUGAAAUAUAUCUCUUUGAAUCAAAGGUAUGAAAUCCCAUCAGAAUUAAAUGAAAAAGAAUUUGGAUUGUAUAGGGCUGCUAGAAAACUCUGUGAAUCAUUUAUGGAUUUAAAAUUAAAAGAACAAUAUAAAAAAGAUAAUUAUAUUUAUGAAAGGAUUCAGAGGAAAGCAAUGGUACAUGGAUCUAAAGAUGGUCCUUCCAAGCACCCUGAUCUUCAUGUAUGCUAUAAAAGCACCCUAAAAAAUUUCACAUGGGAGUGCCUUUUUGGGGAGAUAAGCUAUGGACCUUUUGAAAAUAAUGUUUGUGAUCACAUAAAUGGAGAUUAUACACGAUUAUGUAAAUUUGCUAAAGAUUCUUGGUGUAAUUUAGUAAGAUAUUUUUCAUCCAGGUCACCAUUUGACAUAAAGGAUUUUUUAAAUUUCCAAACAAUUCUUUUACAUGGACAUGUUAAACAUUUUAUGACAGUCAACAUUCCAUACAGAGAAGAACAUUUUGAAUUAACAUUUAUAAAUUUGUUGAAAUUAGUCUAUAAUUUGAAUUUGUUAUUAAAACAAAACAUAAAUCAUAUUAGAUCAUUGGAUAAUAUACCAGUUACCAAUUUGCAUACUUCAAAUGUUGACAUUGACUUGAUCCCAACAUUUAAUACACCAAAUAGAAAAGAAAAAAUACAGGUAGUCAUUGUUGCAUUAUUUGUAUUCUUUCUAAAUUUAAGAUGCUUGACUCAUUAA